AUGGAGCCGGUACUCCUUCCAACUGGCCCCAAGUCCCACUCGGCACCUGUAUCCAGGUCGGAAAAGAUCUCGGAUGGCACUGCUACUCCAGGGUCCGCGUCUUCCACUUCGUCUUCUGCGCUGAGCUCUGCCGAUCCUUCCGACCUCGACGCUCCCACAGAAGGUCAGCAUGAUGAAUCUGGGGACUAUGCUCCGGACUUUUUGUGGAUGACGACCGAGGAACCGCACCGUUCAAGACGGAUCGCGAUUCUCAAAGCCCACCCCGAGGUCCGUAAACUCAUGGGGCCUACUUGGGUCACUGUCCCUCUCGUUUUCUUUAUUCUCGGCACCCAACUUGCCCUCUCUGUCUACCUCAGUAGAUUCCCUACCAUCUCUCUCCCUGUCCUCCUCACAGCCUACGUUGUGGGUGGUGCUGCCAACCAGAACAUCUUCCUCGCCAUUCACGAAAUCACCCACAACCUUGCGUUGAAGUCUAUCAAGGCCAACAAAUGCCUUGCCAUCAUCGCCAACCUGACGAUUGGUGUUCCCUACGCCAUGGCGUUCAAGGGUUACCACAUCGAGCACCACAAGUUCUUGGGCGAGGAUGGAAUCGACACCGACCUGCCUAGUCGCUUUGAGGCUCUAGUGCUGAACAAUGUCGCCGGCAAGACGUUCUUUGCCACUUUCCAGCUCUUGUUCUACGCCAUCCGCCCUGGUUUUAUCCGCUCCCAGCAGUUCACCCGUUGGCACGCGUACAACAUCCUCAGCGUCGUCGCCUUUCAUCUUGCUUGGUACCAUAUAUUUGGGAUCCGUCCUUGGGUCUACCUUGUACUCAGCUCUUUCUUCGCUGGAUCUCUUCACCCAUGUGCUGCGCAUUUCAUUGCUGAGCACUACCUCAUGGAGGGACCCUUGCCUGUGGGAGAGAAAGUGGAGGGUGACGAUCUCAUCAAGGGAUUGGCUCAAGAGACGACUAGCUACUAUGGGUGGCUGAACAUUCUUUGCUAUAACGCGAGUCAUUCGUUCACGCAUAUGCCCAUGCACCGAUGCUGA